GAUAAUGAUCUCAACUUGGCGUAGAAUUGAUCACGUUGGUGAAUCAGUCGAUAAAUAUCUCGGAAUUGCGAAAUCGCACAGAUAUCGCAAGUGGUGACCCUAGGGGAAGUAAGCUCACAGGUGGGGAAUUCAGGAGCUAACGCAGCCUAUUGUUCAUGGGAAACGGUUCGAAGACGCCCGGCCGAUAUCUGCAGAUAUGUGUUACUAGAGCGGCGGUAAAAUGUGCAUUCAACCUCCACUACCUAAAUGUAAUACGCAAGCUUAGGCAACUUUUACACAAAUUCGUCGAUAUUAGUUGACCUCGAAAAUUGAAAGUUGGUCGAAGGGUGCAGCGACCGCGGCGCAGUCACGGCAGCAUCCGGCUGCAUGAAUAUUCAUAUAACCAGAUUGCUCUGUGUCAUUACAGAGUCGUACUGAUUCUUAGGUGCAAGCGCAGUGCUGCGUUGAGUCCCGUCAGAGAACGUGGCGUCGUGGCAAUUUUAUACGUCCAUGUUCCGGGAUACCUCAUCCGGACGCCCGAUCACGCCCAGCCUAACCGUAACUGAUGCUAUAUGUCGGUGCGUCCGACGACCGAAUUUGAUUUUAAACAAGUCAUUUUCAAACUAUGUCGCGAGUGCCAAAUGGUGAAGUAGUGGUGCGGUGCAGCCGAAAUCCACGUGAGUCGUUAAACCGUCGCCCGUUGACACGUGGCACUGACACAUACUACUAUUAGACACGUGGUUUGAACGAUGGCCUCCGAGUCGGCCGUCGUGCGCUAGCCAUCAUCCAAGCCACAAAUAAUUUACGUAUCAAUGAAUUACAACAGCGGCGGUAUGGAACCCGAAGAUGGGCGAGCCGAAGUAUCCCGAAGUACGAUUUGACUUUUGGUUGGUAUUUGGGAGUAUAAAGAGUGUGUUUCGUUUAGUGAGCAAGGAACAACUUUGGAAACAGGUUGGGUCCAACGCUGACAAAAGAGUUAAUCGUCACUGGGCGCUUCAAAAAAUCGAUCAUUACUGUUUUGACCCGCAUGCCCGACGCUUAGUUUUUGAUUUCCGAACGUCAAUUUCUCACAAUCAGUGUUGACCGUGAUUUCCACUAUUGGAUUUCACUUUGAAUCUAAAUUUGAAUCUACCUCUGUUACCAGACAACGAUCUAGAUAAAUUACAAACAAGCCCGCGUUACUCAUUGCCGCGUUUCUCCGAAGCAUCGACGUCGCCCUACUACCUAAGAGGACACAUUAAAUAAAACGAUAAAAAAAUAUUCGAUUGAUAUUCUCGUUCCGGGCAGUGAUCCUUUGCUCCAACAAUCCCAUAACCUGAUUUAACGGGGUUACAUAAAACUUUCCUGAAUAGCAUACGUAGAAGCAUAUGUGUAAAAGUGUACGUGCGAGUGUCGGUGUGUCUGCUAUGAUUUUCUAAAUCGGCUAAAUAGUGCAACAAUUGCGAUUUCUCUUUUUGAAAGCAUUAUACCCAGCCAACCGGAAAUUGAAUUGCUUGCACCUUCGAUAUUAAAGGAGUAAUUAAAUUCGAAUCUGGUCUACAAAUAAAAGUUAACUAAAUCUACAAUGUCACGGCCCAGUAGUGUUGGUAUUAAGGCGAUUGAAGUGUAUUUCCCUGCUCAGUACGUCGAUCAAAAUGAUUUAGAGGAAUUUGACAAAGUUUCUGCAGGCAAGUAUACCGUUGGCCUGGGACAAUCUAAGAUGGGAUUUUGUAAUGACCGAGAAGACAUAAAUUCACUGUGCCUAACUGUGGUUCGUCGUUUGAUGGAUCGACAUAAUAUCAAACCGGAGGAUAUUGGGCGGCUAGAAGUUGGAACAGAGACAAUUCUGGAUAAGAGCAAAUCUGUCAAGUCUGUUUUAAUGCAAUUAUUUGAACCCUUUGGUUGCACGGACAUCGAGGGCGUAGAUUCCACCAACGCUUGUUACGGAGGGACAGCUGCCUUGUUCAAUGCAGUCUCUUGGGUCGAAAGCAGUUACUACGACGGUAGAAUGGCACUUGUUGUAGCUGGCGACAACGCAGUCUAUGCUACUGGCAGUGCCAGGCCAACUGGAGGAGCUGGAGCUGUUGCUAUGCUCAUUGGACCAGAUGCACCAAUAGUUUUUGAUCAGGGACUUAGAGCUUCUUAUAUGAGACACGCUUAUGACUUUUACAAGCCAGACUUGAACUCGGAAUACCCUGUGGUCGAUGGGAAACUUUCAAUACAAUGUUACCUAGGGGCACUUGACAAUUGUUAUCAAAAAUAUUGUCAGAAAGCUCAGGAAAAAUAUUCAGACAAAACUAUUUCCUUGGCUAGUUUUGGUGCUGUGUUAUUUCAUUCCCCAUACUGCAAGUUGGUUCAGAAAUCGUUUGCUCGAUUGGCUUUCAAUGACUUUUUGAACUCUGGCAACAACAGUGGAAUCAGCAAGUACCAAGGACUAGAUAAAUUUUCCAAUUUGAAGCUGGAGGACACUUAUUUUGACAGGGAUGUAGAAAAAACUUUCAUGACGCUGAGUGACGACGAUUUUGCUAGGAAAACCAAACCAAGCUUGUUACUUGCUAAUCUGGUAGGGAAUAUGUAUACACCAUCUGUUUAUUCUGGAUUGGUUUCUCUUCUCAUUAGCAGGCCAAUUGACCAACUGGCUGGUACCAAAGUCUGUGUAUUUUCGUACGGAUCUGGCUUAGCUUCGAGUAUGUAUUCUCUGACAAUUGCCAAAGAUUCAUCCACCAAGUCAGACUUGGAACAGCUAGUAUCAAAAUUGUCGUAUGUGAUUCCACAGCUAGAAUCUAGGCGACGUGUAUCACCGGAAGAGUUCACCAGAGUCUUAGAGAUGAGAGAAAAGAAUUGUCACAAAGCACCCUAUCAGCCAGAAAAUAGCAUCGCCGAUAUGUUCGAUGGAACCUAUUAUCUGAAGAGUAUCGAUGACAAAUAUCGAAGAACUUAUGAAAUAGUAAGAAAAAACAAAUAGUAAUACAUGUACUGACGUCCUCGAUGGAAGUUUUAUUUAUUAUUGAUUAAAAUUGUUGGUUAUAGCUAAGCAGCCUAUGCUCCUUGAAGUAGCAUAUUGAAUAUGAAAUAUUUUUAUCACGGUAUAGUGUUGUACAGAUGACAAUUAUUAUUGUUGUUAAUCAUUAACAACGAAGAAUUAUCACUUAAGUACCAAUGAGGCUUGAAAAGUCUAAAGAUGUUUUCAUCGACGGUCUUUCGAAUUUUUUAGAUGUAGAUGAAUAAUUUUUAUUAUUAUUAUCAAUUUUUUUUUAUUUACAUGACUUAAAUACAUACAAAUGUUGUAUUUCGGCUCUUUUGUUUAAACCUUUGAACCCAAUCAAAUCAAAUUGUGCCAUGACUGGAAAGCUCUGGUAUGCUGUUUGGCAAUGGCAUGAUGUAUUCAGAACGUUUUCUCUUUUUGAAUUCCAUGGCUUAUAGGCUAACUUUCCACCCAGCUAGCAAGUUGGAAUAUCAGAUUGUAUGUCGAGUGAAACUUUUAAUAAAAUUUUGUACUCUUGUA